AUGGAUGACACUGAUAUUUCAGAAGAUACAAUUUGCCGACAACAGGAGGAUUUGCCUUAUGAUGAGGACCUGCCCCAGAUGUUUUGCAAUGACUAUCAUUUUACCUUCAAGAAUGACAAACUCAAUGCCUCAGGUCAGCUUAUUCUGACAGGACCAGACCCUCAAGAUAAGCCUGCACAAACGAAGACCUUGCAAAAUUCAAUUAUGGCCAUGGGUUGGGAUAAAAGUACAAAAAAUACAGUCUACAACAGUUAUAAUAAGGAGAAACUAUCCAUCAUGGCUCUUCAUAUUCCAGCCUAUAAUUCAACUGAUUCAAAGGCAAACAUUUCUAAUAUUUUACACCAUCGUCUUUUUAGAGAACAAAUCUUAAGAGGCAAAGGUAUUGAUUGUGAAACACUCCCAGAGACCUCCAAUACUGACAGUGUUGACAAAGCAGCUGUUAUUAGAAAUAUAAUUUCACGCUAUGUUAAGAAGUCUUGCCACAAAGAACAAACCUCAGAAUUCACUGGCCAACCCAAGCCAAAAAGGAGUGGUAUAAACAGCAAGAAGCCAAGUCAUUAUCUAAGUGUGAUAGCAGAAACUAUCUCAGAUAUAGAAGAGCCUUGUGCUGCUAGAGAUGGAUUCUAUCAAGAAAAUCCACACUUCCUAACUGAAAUUAAGGGGACAAGGGAUAAAGAAAAAUAUUCCAGAUGGCAGGUACCCCAGAAACAGCUGACUGAAAAAGCAGGUUCAAACAAUGGGUUUAAAGAUGGCCAAGGUCAAGUUCAUCACCAGCACCUGAAUUUCUCUAAGGUUGCCCCCAGAGUGAAAAUCCCUAAAAAUAACACAGUGGAGAAGCCAUUUGCCAUAGAUAAACAAGUUAGCUUUUCUCCUACAUUGAGAACAAAAGCAAUGGCUUUACAAGAAAUUUUAGAAGCCAUGUCGAGGUCAGAUGAUGUUUCUAAACAACAUCCAGAGCAACCAAAGAAAGAAGCAGAGCCUUUCCAACAACUGCAGAUGGAGCCUGAAAAGCACAUCAGUCAACAACACACAGGAAAAGAAAUGGAGACAAACCUCUUGAAGUUGACAUUAGCCUCUCAGAAAAUCCCUUCCUCAAAUUCUUACAUUUUUCUAAAGAUAUCCCAAGGGACACAGAUGUGCCAGAAGUUAAAAGAACAGACUGAUCAACUGAAGAAGAAGGUACAAGAAUUUUCUAGAAGAAUCAAUCAGGAGUCUCCCAGUGACUUACAAGACAGAAGAAUGGUCCCGGAGCAACUGCAGGGCCACCUUGAAGUGGAUCAAGACUGUCUGGCCACCACGGAGAAGCACCCGACCUUGCACGAGCAAACCCUUAAGUGUGAAUCCUCAGCUAUGGGCGACUUCAAUCCGGAAAGGUUAGUGUUAAAACAACUGUGCAAGGUGUAGAGGCUGCUUAAAGAUAUUCAAGAGGAAACUGAUGGACACAAACACACUUCUGCUCUCCCUCUUUCUUGGGGUUUUCCAGACACGCUGGAUGUAUCAAGAAAGGUGCAGUCAAACCCAGCUGUCCAUAUUGUUGGUGUAAUCUGUGAGGCUUUUGUGGAAAGCAAUUUGACAGAAUGCAUCAUCAUACAAACAUGUGGGAAACCUUUGGCGCAGGCGUUUCCUCGGGAACAAAAAAUGGAGAGAAAAGACCACAAGAAGAUUGACUGUGGAAGGCUUUCAGUCAUAAAUGAAAAGGACCUGAACCAAGAUUUGACUCCUGGUUCCGAAACAAGACCACCCAGCUUCUGUUCUGGUCCUGGCACUAGACUGCCGAGUAGCAAAUGCGAGGAUGGUGGGACUAAGAUUUUUAGCUCCCCAAGAGUCUGCAGUAAAGAAUCACCAAAAAAAUUUCAUUAUAGACACAACACCCCAGGACAAAAUCAUUUAAGUCAGAAUGGAAGAGGCACUUUUAUCCAGUCCUGCUCUUUAGAUCAAAGUAAAUAUUCUUCACCUCGUAAGUACAUCUGCAUGAUCAACACCAAGAUAAUUUUGAUGCUCCAGAAUUUAAUCAUAGCUGACAUUUUUUCAUCUUGUUCAGAACCAAAAUGGAUCUGUUCUCAGAGAGUGAAUUCAAAAUUCAUUCAAGAUGAAUGUGAGUUCACACAAGGAAAAAAAAAUAUGAAGACCUUUAUGGCCUACAGCUCAGAUCUUGUACCACCCUCCACUCAUCUCCAUUCCUGCAGAGCUUCUAGAAACAAAGCCUUAUGUGACCUUAAUAAUAAUGAAGAAACAAACUCUAAGAUGUCAAACUCGGCUUUGGAUAAUGCCCUAAAGACAGCCACCAAUUUGAAACAAACUACUGAUCAAAUGAUUAAAGAUAUUGCAGAAGAUCUUGCCAAAGCACAGACAUGGAGGAAUCGACUGAAAUUCUAG